AUAUUACUCGUACCGUCGUACCUGUGCCACAUUUUCCCUGGUGAAAUCCGUACAAACCAAAAAAAAACACAUCAGAGACGCAUGUUGCUCAUGCAAAUCAUUCGUUAGUAUUAUUAAUUAUUGUUGCAUAUACUAUCUCUAGCUGUCUGAAUUAAAUCAAUUACAUUAUACGGUUGAUUUGUUGAAUUGGAACAGCUUGAUUGGGACAAUAUUUCUGCCAAUAAAUGUCCCAAGACGACAAUUUCCGUAAAAUACGAGAGGAAAUAAAAAUAACAACCGCUAAUAUGUUAGCGAAUACUAAGCCAUCCUCAGAACCAUUGACGGAGGAUACAGAUGCAGAUGUAUCUGCCCCAAACAUAAAUGAAACAGAUGGCGGUUUUGAGUUUGUUUCGCUAACUUCUGCGAAUAAACCCGAUAUACAGAAUGCCCGCAGUAUAAAAGAACCCAUUUCUUCCGAAACAUUGAAAACGGAAAUAAAGAAAAAGUUGGAAAGUAUCAAAUUACAACUAGAAGAUAAGAAAGAAAAAUGUUAUAAGCUGGAAAGUAAAAAUAAAGAAGCGCCCAUGUCGAACUCGAUUAAUAAUAAAAAUACCACAAAAGAGAGUUCUGUUGCAGAGGCCACUGGCAACGAUGCCACGAAUAAAAAAAAUAGUGCAAAACCUAAUCAACCAAACCCCCCAGUAACUACUAAAACUGUCACGCCAGCUAAAAGCAGCAGCAAUGAUUCAUCGAAUAAACUUCCAGUUGUGCUAGACAAAAUUACAGAGAUUAAACUUAAAAUGGAACAAAUAUCCUUAUCCACACAAGCAGGACCAAGCAAUAUAAAUAAUACCGUAAACAAAAGCGGUAGCACUUCAACUCUGUCCAGUAGUUCAGAGUGUCCGAAACGAAAAAGACAGAAACCUAAUAAAAACACAAUUAAUAAGUUAUCGGACGCGAAGACGAAUGUCGUUUCUAAGGAAACGGUUCCAGCAGAGGAUUUACUUCUUCUCACAUUAUUAUCGCUUAAGCCUAAGACUCGAGAUAAAUAUUUACACAAGAUUGCGAAAAAACGUGGUCUGGAGGUUCCCGAUUACCAAGGAAUUAUUGAACCAAGGUUCGCACCACUAGCUAACAAACUUAAGUUGGAUGCUUUGGAGUUCUGCUUCGGAAAUCAGCAAAAAGUGGUAACACAGGAUGAUAUAAAUAGGCCCUGUUUGGUCGUGAACGAUUUGGAGAAGAUUCAGAGUACGAAAAAAGUAAUUGAACGUCGCACAUUUGAAGACGAGGUGUCAUACCUAUUAAACAACGGUAAGACCACGAACUUAAAAGAUUAUAGAAAGGAGUUAGUGUUGGAGAAUGUCUGCAAAGCAGAAACUAAUAGUUUUCUCGAUGAAAAGAAUCGCGCAGCGCUAGAACAGCUAGUGAACCGUCUGGUUUCCGAAAAAUACGGCUACAUAGUUGAGGGAGUUCUACGGGUCAAUAUGUCUAAUAACGCUCAGGCUUUUGUUGACGAUCAUACAAGAGAAGCUGAUGUGUUUAUAAAUUCAAUUCUUUUGAGAAAAUGUGCCAUGGACGGGGAUUUCGUAAAAGUUUUCGUUCGACACGGCGAGAACGGAGAUGUGUCACCAAACAAAAGCAGUUCUCUCAACAACAACGAUAUCGAGAGGAACUCAGCAGAUGAUGGACUAUUACAGGAGGAAUACAUUGAACAGGAAAAACCCAAAAACAACUGGGGAUUUGUAGUGGAGAUCUUGGAAAAACGUCACAGUCGUUUGUGUGUUGGUACUUUUAUGCCGUUUUCACCUAACAGUAGUCAGUUUAUAAAGUUCACACCCAGGGACCACCGGAUUCCUAUCAUGCGGGUUUACAAACAAAACUGGCCAGAGGCAAUAUUCAAGAAUCAGUUCAGUGAAAUUGAAUCAGUUAUUUAUCAGGCUGAAAUUAUCGACUGGAAAAACGAUAUUCCCGUUGGUAAUGUGCUGAAAUCGAUUGGAAAGUGCGGCGAUCUUGAGGUCGAGUCACAGGCAAUUCUAGUGGAGUAUGAUUUGGACGUUUCCCCAUAUUCGGAAGCCAUUAUCAAAAGCUUGCCUUCGUCGCCGUUCCAAAUUCCGGCGGAAGAAAUUGAACGGCGCAUAGAUUUACGAGAUGAGUGCGUAUUUACGAUUGACCCGCUUACUGCGAGAGACUUAGACGAUGCGCUGAGUUGUAAGAUUCUUAAAAAUGGCAACUUUGAAAUAGGAGUUCACAUUUCCGAUGUAACCUAUUUCCUGAAGGAAGGUUCUGAGCUGGAUGAAUUAGUAAAACUUAGGGCCACAUCAAUCUACAUGGUAGACAACGUGUACCACAUGCUGCCGAAACCAUUGUGUUUUCUGUGUUCUUUACUACCAGGAGAAGAUAAAAUGACCUUCUCUGUUUUCUGGGAAAUUACACCGAAUGCGAAAGUUUUGCGAACUAGAUUUGCCAGAACUAUAAUUAACUCCUGUGUUCAGCUUGCCUAUGAACAUGCACAAAUCAUGUUAGAUAAUCCAAAUGAAGACUUGAAUCCAAACGAUUUUCCCGAAAUUUUGCAUGAGUACACACCGAACUUUCUCAGUCGAAUAGUCAACCAAUUGCAAUCGGUUGCAGUUAAACUGAGAGCACAGAGAAUGGAAAACGGGUGUCUAAAAAUGAAUCAGCCAAAGUUGACUUUCACACUGGAUCCGGAAAGUGGUAAGCCAACUGCUUUUGCUAAUUAUGAAUUGCGCACAGCAAAUCAAAUGAUUGAAGAUUUUAUGCUUCUGGCAAAUUCUGCAGUAGCCGAAUUUUGUCGUUCGAAAUUCCCCGACAAAGCUGUACUCCGUAACCAUAUGAGUCCGUCAACAAUUCAAAUGAGCAACCUUGCAAAAUUGCUUGCUCGAUAUGGCCACGAACUACGAGUGGAUACGUCAAAGGCUAUUGCGGAAUCGAUAGAGUCCAUUGUCGCGGCUUCCCCACAACCAGAUGCUGCUCGUACUGUCUUGAAUGUAAUGCUUGCUAAACCGAUGACUCGUGCACAAUAUUUUUGUUCGGCCUUUGCCUCUACUGACGAAGAAUUCUUACACUAUGCAUUAGCCAUUCCCAUCUAUACACAUUUUACCAGUCCGAUUCGAAGGUACGCAGACUGCAUGGUACAUCGUGUCCUUGCUGCUGCUUUGGAACUCACAGAACCGCCCACUCGCACACCAGAGGAGCUUAGCAAACUUACUGGUGUUUGCAAUGUCAAAAAGUACAAUGCCAAGUUAGCUGGUGAUGCUAGUUGUUUGUUAUACUUUAAACACUACAUUCGUGAUGUGAAGAGCAUGGACAUGGAAGCCGCUGUUUUGGAUGUUACCCAACACCACAUGGAUUUAAUAUUGAUUGCGGCAGGGCUGCUGAUACGAGCGAAUUAUAAGCGGUUGGCCAAAGCUAGCGAAAUUGAAGUCAUCGAGAAGUCUAAAAACGUACGACACUGUGUACUCAAGAGGAAAGAUAUCCCACCGGUCACCAUUCAACUGUUCUCAAAGGUGCUCGUUAAAGUAGAACUUGUUAAGGAUGCAAUCACUGCCACAAGCGUUAUUCCUUUGGUGGAACGACAGUGAACAAAAAACUUCACGAGCCACCGACAACCUACGCAGUGUACAUUUUAUUGCAUACUUUUACGAGUAUUUAAUUUUACAAUUGCCAAGAACUGCAUUGAUUAAUUACAGCAUUGUUCAAAAUUCGUUAUAUGGGUGAAAAAUGAAACGGACUUGUUUUUUUUUCUACAUUCAUUACACAGUGAUAAUAAUUACGGAGAAUUCCUCCGGACUGAGCGGCUUGGUGUUAGUAUGGUAACCAAUAAAAUGGAGAUUAAAUUUCCUUUUGUUUAUUCAUAAAAUAACAUUUGGAAAAGUUCUGAGAGCUCUGAGUUGUUUUAAUGAAACCUGGUCACCUAUUCUACAACAAUGAGACUGAAUUAGUCUGUUAAUGAAAACAAGAAUAAUAAAGACUAAUAAAAAAAAACAUGAGGCCGUUUUUUAGGUUUCACCUCUUGCUCCAACGACGUUGUAUAGUUAUCGUUUCCGAGAUAAUCGAUGCACAUCCCAGAAUACAGAUGAGGUAGACUUUAGAACCUGCUUGCAUGUGUCAUCUAUUGAUGCAUCGAUAUAGAAGAUGCACAACCCUAUACACUACUCCUAAUCUUCAACAAAUGAUUGGCUUAUCCUUGUUUUCGUACGAAAGCAUCGACAAUUCGUAUCCCUAUUUUCGCUCCAAUCAAUUCGAACGUACAAAUGUCCUCUCAUUUACCUCAUUCGAAAGCAAGAUUAGCCGCUGGUACUAAUUCUAGAAAUUAAGGAAAAAUAAUUCUGCUGGCGCCUUAAGAAUUUUUCAUAGUUGACUCCCAGAAUUUUAUUAAUAAUUUGCUGCAACAUAACACGCAGCGUUGUGACUUUAUUGAUUCGCUUCUUAGUGAUGCAAAUUUUCAAUUGGCGGAUUUGCGAUUUGAUUAAAUUUGUUAGAAAUUUGGCCUUUGAAACACAAACCGCUGAUUCGCAAACACUUCAGGAAAGCAGUAGAAAACGUUUAUGCAUACUUCGUGAACUGCUGAUAAAAAGUAAAAAUCGCUUUACUGCUAUAGUAGCUUUUAGAGCAUAUGUUCCAUCAAGCUACUCUAAUCAAAGAGAACCUAAACAUUUAAGUAAUGAGCAUAAAUAUAGUACAUGGAAUAUGAUCGGUUUUUCUUCCCCUCCUGGUUUUGAGGU